CUGAGCGGGCGGUGCGGGGCUCCCGGCGCCCCGGGCCCGGCUGGGAGCGCGGCUGCAGCGGGAGAGGGAGGGUCAUCACCGCGGGGAGAGAAAGCACAAUUAAGCAAAAACCCCACCUGGACGGCGGGGGGAGAAGGGAGGCGGGGGGAUGCUUUCUGGCGAAAGCCGAGCUCGGUGGCUUGGGUUACAGAGGGGCAGAGAUAAGGCGAGAGCCAGCGCUUCGCGGGAGGCAGGGCGCUCGCCAAGUCAGCUGCUGGCGUUCACGCUCCGGGGCAGAGCAAGCGGAGAAGGGGGAGAAAAUAAGGGAGGAAGGCGGCGAGGAGGAGGAGGGGGGUCCUUGUGCGCUUAGGGGUAGGGGCGAGCUCCGGCGGCGUGCGGCGGUGGGGAGCCCCGGCCGGGCGGUGUGAGCUCACACACACACAUAUACACACAUAUAACCCCACGCAGAGGCCGGCUGGCAGGGGCGGGCAGCCCCCCGGGAGCAGCCGGAGGAGGCGCCUCGGUCCCCCCGGCGGGGAGGGGGCACGGCGGGGCCGGGGAGGGACUCGCGGGAGCUGCCGGCGCGGCGCGGUGCGCGGAAGAUGCUUUCACCUGUGUCUCUUCAUCAGUGAGCGAGGAGAGGAGAGGAGAGGCGGUCGGGGCUGGAGAACUACCUCUGGAUGGUUUAAAGAAAAAAAAAAAGGCAAAAAAAAAAAAAAAACCACUCCGCAAUCCUCUGCUCCCCACAGGCUGAGCACCAUAAGGGACUGCUAUAUUUGAGGCUGUCGGGAGGAUGGUCGGGAGAGACUGAAAGUCAGGGCGAGGGAGCCUGUGCCACAGCAGCGAUUACCUAAAAGGAGACCUAAUACUUUUUGAUUCAGUUCAGCUCUGGAGCAUCAUCACUUUUCAUUCAUACAAGAACUGUUUUGUGGAGAUCAUUUCAGUUUUGAAGAACAACAUCUGUACAGCCAAUAGGAGAGCUGAGGAGACUUCACUAUCAGAGAAACCCUUCUGUCGGCAGAAUUAGUAGCUUCCACUUUCUUCUGUCUUCAGUGUAAGGGUACAAGGGGAUUCAAAAGUGUCUUUUCAGCUAAGCUUUAAUGAAGAAACGUCAAAGUUGCUAACAAUUGCACAAAGAGAGACUGAAGACCUGUGCGACCAAUGAUGUGGUUGUCAUGGAAACUAUUUCUGUUUCUGUCACUCACUGGGUGUCUUUCAGAAUAUUCAGAAGCUGUUCCUGGCCUCCCCACUUCAUAUGCUGCUAUCCUAAGAAUUAAAUCUGGCAGCUCAUCUUUAGCCUCAUUUAAUUCAAAGAACAGACCACGAUUAAGCAGCCCUUCCUUAGGAAGUGUAUCUUCCCCAGGCUGGAGAGGAGCUGCACAACAUUAUUACUCUCCAACAAACCUCUAUCACUUUUCAGAGGCCUUCAAACAUGAUGAAAGUGUCGAUUAUGGACCAGUGUUUGUGCAAGAGCCAGAUGAUGUGAUUUUUCCCACUGAUUCUGAGGAGAAGAAAGUGUCUCUGAAUUGUCAAGCUCGUGGAAAUCCUGCUCCCACAUACAGAUGGCUUCGAAAUGGAACUGAAAUCAACAUCGAAAGUGACUAUCGCUACAGUUUAAUAGAAGGAAGUUUGAUCAUCAGCAACCCCAGUGAAAUGAAGGAUUCUGGACAGUAUCAAUGUUUAACUACCAACAUGUUUGGCAGUAUAUUAAGCAGAGAGGCCAUUCUUCAGUUUGCAUAUUUGGGGAAUUUUAGCGGUCGGACGAGAAGCGCUGUCUCCGUGCGGGAAGGUCAGGGAGUUGUGCUGAUGUGCUCCCCUCCACUUCACUCGCCAGAGAUCAUCUAUAGUUGGGUAUUUAAUGAAUUCCCAUCUUUUGUGGCAGAAGACAGCAGACGUUUCAUCUCUCAGGAGACAGGCAAUCUCUACAUCUCCAAGGUGCAAACAUCUGAUGUUGGCAGCUAUAUAUGCUUGGUAAAAAACACAGUGACAAAUGCCAGAGUUUUGAGUCCUCCUACACCUUUGACACUGAGAAACGAUGGUGUGAUGGGGGAAUAUGAACCAAAAAUUGAAGUCCAUUUUCCCUACACAGUUACAGCUGCUAGGGGAACUACUGUUAAGAUGGAGUGUUUUGCACUCGGCAACCCUGUUCCAACAAUCUCAUGGAGGAAAGUUAAUGGUCAUAAUCCAAGUAAAGCCCGGCUGAGAAAAUCCCAAGCUGUGCUUGAAAUACCUAAUGUGCAGCUAGAGGAUGCAGGGAUGUACGAGUGUAAAGCUGAAAACUCACGUGGAAGGAAUGUCUUCAGAGGACAGCUGCAAGUGUACACCUACCCACAUUGGAUGGAGAAACUUAAUGAUACUCAGUUAGACAGCGGAGAUCAACUCCGAUGGGAAUGUAAAGCGACUGGAAAACCACGACCCACAUAUCGUUGGCUGAAAAAUGGAGUUCCUCUCUGGUCACAGAGCAGAAUUGAGAUGGUUAAUGGUGUACUGAUGAUCCACGGUGUGAAUCUCUCAGAUGCUGGAAUGUAUCAGUGCUUAGCAGAAAAUAAGUAUGGCACCGUUUAUGCCAGUGCUGAACUGAAGAUUUUAGCUUCAGCUCCCACUUUCCCGUUAAAUCAAAUGAAGAAAACAAUAAUUAUUACCAAGGGCCAAGAAGUUGUCAUUGAGUGCAAACCACAAGCCUCUCCAAAGCCAACUAUCACUUGGAAGAAAGGAGACAAAGCACUAAGGGAGAGUAAGAGAAUAACUAUUCUUCCAUACGGGAGCCUGCGGAUCCUGAAUGCUUCCAAAUCUGAUGAAGGAAGAUAUUUAUGCCAAGGUGAAAAUGUAUUUGGGUCUGCAGAAAUCGUUGCAUCAGUAUCUGUAAAAGAACCUACAAGAAUAGAGCUGACUCCCAAGAAGACAGAGCUAACAGUUGGAGAAAGCAUAGUCCUCAGUUGCAAAGCCAUUCAUGACAACACCCUAGAUGUCACUUUCUAUUGGACACUCAAUGGGCAGCCGAUCGACUUUGACAAACAAGGUGGACACUUUGAAAGCAUCAAGGCACAAGCAUCCUCGGCAGAUUUAAUGAUCAGGAACAUCCUUCUGGUGCACGCUGGGCGAUACGGCUGCAGGGUGCAGACCGCAGCAGACACGGUAUCGGAUGAGGCAGAGCUGCUCGUUCGGGGUCCUCCGGGUCCCCCGGGGGUUGUGAUAGUGGAGGAAAUUACAGACACCACAGCAACACUUUCCUGGAGUCCUGGGGCAGACAAUCAUAGCCCUAUCUCCCUCUACAACCUGCAAGCACGCAGUCCAUUUUCACUCGGCUGGCAGACUGUGAAAACAGUUCCAGACGUCAUAAGUGGUGAUAUGGAAUCUGCGAUGGCUGUCGAACUGAACCCUUGGGUGGAGUACGAGUUUAGAGUUGUCGCGACGAACAAAAUUGGGACUGGUGACCCAAGUGCACCAUCCCGAGUGAUCAGAACCAACGAAGCAGUUCCAAAGACACCUCCAGCUAAUGUAAGUGGCAGAAGUGGAAGACGACAUGAAUUAGUAAUAGCAUGGGAGCCAGUGUCAGAAGAGUUUCAGAAUGGAGAAGGAUUUGGAUAUAUUGUAGCUUUCAGACCCAAUGGAACAAGAGGUUGGAAGGAAAAAAUGGUGACAUCUUCAGAUGCCUCAAAGUUCAUCUAUAGAGAUGAAAGUGUGCCACCUCUGACUCCUUUUGAGGUGAAAGUUGGUGUUUACAAUAACAAAGGAGAUGGUCCAUUCAGCCCUAUUGUGGUCAUCUGCUCAGCUGAAGGAGAACCCAGCACUGCUCCCAUCGAUGUCAAAGCCACGAGUUUGUCUGUAUCAGAGAUUCUUGUUGCGUGGAAACAUAUUAAAGAGAGUCUAGGAAGACCACAGGGAUUUGAGGUUGGUUACUGGAAGGACAUGGAGCAGGAAGAAGCAGCAGAAAAAGUCAAAACUGAGGGAAAUGAAUCAUCCAUCCUCCUGACAGGAUUAGAAGGAAACACAUUAUAUCACUUAACCGUGAGGGCAUACAACGCUGCUGGGUAUGGACCACCAAGCACUGCUGUGCAUGCAGCAACCAAGAAGUCCCCUCCCAGCCAAGCACCAAGCAAUAUCAUGUGGAUACAAGACGGCUCUCAUGUGUCUCUUGGGUGGGAGCCAGUCAGACCUCUAGCUAAUGAAUCUGAUGUAAUGGGAUACAAGGUGUUAUUUAGGCAAGAAGGCCAGAGCAACAGUCAAGUUAUAGAAACACAGAAAACUUCUGCAGUGGUACUCCUUCCUGAUGUUGGUGUCUAUAUUAUCGAGGUGUGUGCAGUCAGUGAAGGAGGGGAUGGGACUGCCAGUCCCCAGAUCAGAGUUCCAUCUUUUUCAGGAGGAAAAGUAACAAGUGCUCAAUCCCCUUUACAUGCAUUCUCUACUUCCUCAUCCUCUGUAACGUUGCUUUUGGCACUGAUGGUUCCUUCAGCCUCAUGGUGAAGACUGCAGACUUCGUUUUUGUUGUUGUUUGUUUGCUUUAGCUUGAUGAGACCCAGGGAUGGCGUUUUAUGUCUGUGGAAAAACUGGCAACCCAAGUUGCCAUGCUCAAAGACCCAUAGAAAUACCUGUGGAGCACUUCGAGGAGUGCUGGGGACAUGGUCAAUAAUUCAUCAGGUUUUUUUCUCUUCAGUUUUUUUUUAAAAGUCCUCUGGGGAGGGGACACUUAUUGGCCCAAAAAUAUGCAGAUUGUAUGUAAUAAACUUUUGUAAGCAAACGUAAUUUCUGUCAAAUGUACUUUACUUUUUUAAUAUGUUCAGUUUGGUGACCCCAGUCAUUAGGUGUUUAAACAGUGGUGUCAAGUACUGUACAUCUGUUUGGUUUGGAAAAAAAUCUUUUUUUAAAAAAGAGAAAAAAAUUUGAUAUAGUUUUGUCUAUUACUUUUGUUGCAUUCCCUAAGGUUGACUGUUCCCACUAACAAGACAGUAAGAGAGAAAAAUAUACUUCAGAUAUAUACUCCACUCCAAAACGACAGAGAAUUUGUUCUGAAAAAGUAUGAACACAUAUUAAAUUAGCAAAAAAUUGUCAAUACAAUAUUAGGCAGCACAGUCAGAGAGAGAGAAAAUGGAGUAGAAAAGAAGCCAUUUUUUUUAAUUGCAAGGUAGCCUGAAAAUGUUUAAAUGCAAACUUAAAAGUGAACAAGUGCUAUUGUUUUUCAUGAAAUAUCAUGUGAUGUAAUGUCAAAGGAAUCAAAUAUUUAUUCUCAAUAGUAAAUACAAAUUCUACUCAUAAUGCAUAUGACAAUGAAAUAUCCACUGGGCAUUUAAGCGUAUAUUACGCAAGCUGCUGAGUGGACAUAUAAAACAAUGCAAGCAGAUAAACCUACUUUUUCCAACCUUUACUCAGUCACAAACAUUUUUUUUUUCCUCUAGGUUCAUUUUUUUAGUAAAAUUACAUAAUUUCCAUAUUUGGUAAACAAUCUAAAGUAUAUAUGAAACCAUGCUAUGAAGAGAACAUUAACUUUCUAUGGAAUGUAGCCAUUCACACAUACAGACUCCAAUAGGAUAUGUUUUGGAGAAUGGUGUCUCCAAAAAAAUGCUUGGAUGAGUACUACUGAGCAUCACCCCAGUUAUUCAGUUAACUGGUUCUAUUUCUAGAGCUCACUAGGUAAAGAUUAUUCUUGUAGGGACUGUGUGCUAUCUGUUUUAAUCCCCAAUCUUCUUUGCUGUACCAAAAAAUUUUCCACUCAAUAGACAAUUUGGACAAUUUUUCUACAUUUAAAUCAGAAUGAUCCGCAGUGUAAAUGGUGUGUGUGUUUGUACAAUAUGGUGUGUGUGGUGUUAUGAAGGAGGGUAUUUUACUACCAUCCAUCUAGGGAUUGUGCCUAGGGUAAACAUUCCCUUGUCUGGGAAAAAUCAAGUGUAUGAUGCUCAAAACAAGUUUAACAGGUAAGUCCUACUAGCAUAGUUCUUCUAGCUGUCUGUCCCUCUAAUAGAUUUGAUGCAGAUCUGUUUCGGUUGAUGGGUUCUGUGACAAAAAUGUUAUUAUUUUGUUAGCUUCACAGUACACUCCAACUGUGCCCUUUCUUAGCACCUUUAAAAUAGUAGCCAAGAAAGUAUGAUGCAGAUCAUGUGCUUGGUAGAUAAAGCUGACUGAUGACUAAAUUAUUUUUGUCUUUUGAAUAUUUUGCCAGUAUAAUUUUUCAGAGAUGAUUCAGCUCAUAGCCUUAUUACCCACUAAUAAUAUUAAAUCAAAUCCAAAGGAGAGGUUUUAAAUGUAAUAAGUCAUUAUGUUGCUAGGAAAGCAAAGGCAAGAUGGCUAGCUGAGCAUGGACUGUUGCAUAGUUACAGACAGAAGAAGACCUUCUGUACCUCUGCUUCUAGAAUAGCAUUUUUAAGAUCAAAGAAAGGAAGGUGGAAUGUACCUUGCUGGUAGAGUAAACUCAAACGAAAAUAGCUACAUGCUGUGGUGUGCAAAACAGCAGCAUUUCCACUGUGCAGAGAACUUGCCUUAGCAGACCAUCAUUUUUCAGAAGAUUAAAAUCAACAAGAAUAAAGUGAUGAACCAAAAAGUAAAAUGGCUAUUUUAUAAAUCAGUUAAGCAUAAUUCCCCCUAUUUUUUAUACAGUUGCUUGCCAGUGCAGUUCAUUGCAGAGUAUUUAGAAAGGUUACGGUCACUGCUGGUGGCACUCUGGUUAAACAGCUUUGUGAAUACAAAAAAUGGCUAUGCUUUGUAAGAUGAAUAAAACUCUGAUAAAGAGAUAGAGCUGCAUCCUGUUAUAUCUCAACCUGUAGUAUCAAGAUAUAGAUAAAAUUACUGAACAUACCAUCAGGUAAUGUAGUUGUAUUGCAGGGACAAAAAGGGGUAUGUUUUAUAUUCAACAUGAACAGAAUAUGUAUUUUGCAUCUUAAAUAUAUUAAUAAACAUGUUUUAAAUGUUUAAGUACCGAUGUAUUACAUAUUUGUUACUCUGUAGAAGAUGUUUCCUCAUCAUGACAUUUGACAUUUUAUUUUUUAGCUGCAAUGGAGAGCUCUUCCUUUUUUAUGUAAAAGAUUGUAACAGUGCAGUCUAGCAUCACUGAGGAGACUGUAUUUUUGUACAUGCCGCAAGACAUGUAGGGGGAAAAAUAGUUAGAAAGAAACUUUCUUUGCUGACCAAAAGAAAGACACUGUCAUGGCCCAUAUCAAAAUGUUAGAUAUAUUGUAUGCAAUCUGUAUAUAUACUAUAUAUAAUGGUAUAUACUACGUGGAAGACACAGUAAUAUAAUAGUUCCUGUGUACUGUUCUUGUAACAUUAGAUCUUUUUAAUAAAUAAUUCUCUUUUUAUUGACUUUUACCUUAUCUCCUGUCAGCUUCUGAAUUAAAUUCCUAGAGGACAGGGUGACACGAACAUUUUGGAUUCCGACAGCAACAAUCUUCUAAUUACAUGACUUUCAGGAAGAAAAUGAUGAAUCUGCAAUAGUGAAUUUGGACAAUGGAGCCAUUAAAAUCACAUAAUGUCUUUCUAAUUUCAAACAUAUGUUGGUUUCUCUGGUCUGGUCUGAUAUGACUUUUAUAAUUAAAUGACUGAAAAGCGCAAGAAGGCUUGAACUAUUAACGUGACAACUUUACCUAAUAAACAUUGCAGAGUAAGUCUACAAUAUAAAUUACCUUCUGAGAUAAAGCUUU